CAGCCCACCUUCGGACAAAACUUUACAUAUUAUUAAUUAUAUUUGUUACGUCAUAUUUAAUUUAUCUUGAUUAUACUUUGAUUCAACUUGAUUUGCUUGCAAUAGGAUAUGCGUUGAUUUGUAAUUUGAUUCGGGACAGUUAUAUAUAUUAGGAUAAGAACAAAGAGAUUUGAGUUUGAUAUUGAGCAUAUAGCUUGUGUAUGAAAUGAAAUGAAGUGCUGUUUCAAGCCGUAGAGACCCACUCUUCAGAAUAUAUAAAUAAAUAUUACGAAAAUCUCUACGGUGUUGAGCGUGGUUUUGCCCAUUGGAAACAAGUUCUGAAGAUUGGUUAACACGUUGAGAUGUUCAAAAAAGGACUGUAGUACAAUCUGGUGCCGAGAUAGCAGGCGAAUUAUCGUGUUUAUUGGGUGAAAUCAUGAGCGACGAAGAAGGCCAAAGUGGCGUAGGUGAAGUAUCACAAGAGACGACAGUAACACAUGGCGUUGGUGAGUUAAACCCGCAAAUGAGCAAGAUAAAGAAAAAGCGCGCACUUCAACGAGGUAAGAUGACUCGAACCAUUAAUAGAGUAAGAAAGCUUAUCGACCAGGGCCCGGAGAUGCGUAAACGAGUCGAGAAAGAAAUGAUAGAAAUCCGCAAGGACUUUGAGUUAGCGCGUGAGUGUCAUGCUGAGUUAUAUGAGUUUGCUGACGAGAGUCAAACCUCAGCCAUGGACAGUUGGGAAGAUAAUUUGAUCAAAGACUUUUACGAUAUGGAAGAAUAUGUUGAACACUACAUUCAGUCCGUUCCUGUGCCACAACACGCUAACACAACGUCUUCAACUAGUAAACAGAUUUCGGGACAGUCAGCUAGCAACAGCGAAAAUAUAGCAGCCGGAGGCAAUAGUGUAGAAUUACAUCAAAAUCUCCCUGAGGAACUCUCGACCGUACAGAUCGAAACCAGGGAAACGACUGAAAACAGCGAGUUGGUAAUCAACAGUAGCGUAGAUAAUACGGAAUUAGACAAUCCGCGGAAUUUAACUAGUGAUUUAACAACGCAAAACCGAGAGCAAGUCAGCGCCGGCGGCCUUUCGAAACUCGAUCUACAAGUUAACCUGUCAUCGCGGCAAUCCUUUGACAGUUGGAUAGAUGAUUUAAUUGAGUUUAAAGAAACAGUUCUGCCUACCGAAGUUUCAAAAAUGUCUAUAGCAGAAGCGUUAUAUAAACUAGAAGCUAGUAAAGAUAUUCCAAGUAUAAAGUUAAUGAAAUAUGACGGAGAUCCACUUAAGUACGUUGAAUUUAUCGACCGUUUCAAAUUGCUUAUACACGAUAAGCCACAUCUGUCUGACGACGUGAGAAUGGCGCAACUGAAAAUGCAUGUAACCGGAAAGGCUGAGCGUACUAUAAGCGGAUUAGGCUCACAGGGAACUAUGUACGCAACAGCGCUCAAAAUCAUUAAGGAACAGUUUGGCCAGCCAAGCGUUAUAGCAAGAGCGUAUAUUACAAAAUUGAUUGACGAGCAAAGGAUCAAAGGUAACGAUAGACAAGCGUUACAAGAACUGUCUUUCGACGUUGUAAAUUGCGUAGCGACUUUGAAACAAAUUAAUCAUUUAUCAGACGUCAAUGCUACCGACAAUCUCCGCAAGAUUAUAAUGAGAUUACCCGAUCACCUUGUUCAUAAGUGGAAAGACGUCGCGUCCGGCCUUAGAGAAAGGGGGGAAAGCCCGUCCCUCGAGCACAUCAGUAAAUUCCUCAGAAAGCGCGUAAAAGCCGAAUUCGAUCCAGAUUUUGGAGACAUUUAUAACUUUAGUUCUCGAAAGCCAGCCCGAGAAAGAAAUGGUGUUUACUUUAAUCAAGGGAACUCUAAGAAACCGUUGAAAUGUUACGUAUGUUCAGAAGAGCAUCGUGUUGUUGAAUGUCCGACCUUUUCUAAUUGCACAACGGAUCAAAGAAUUCAGCACGCUAAAAAUCAACGGUUGUGCUUUUCUUGUUUGAAUCGCGGUCAUCUGACUAGAGAAUGCAAGUCCAAAACAAAAUGUGGUAUAGACGGUUGUUCUCGUUUUCAUCACCAACGACUCCACCCGAACACCGAACCUCCUCCAGCACCACUCAGUUCAGCAACAUCAGCACUCGAUAGCGACAGUAUUAUGCCCGUUGUAAGAGUCCAAUUUAAAUCCGCAAACGGAAGAGUUCUAGAAGGGAAUGUGCUCGUUGAUAGCGGCGCCGGUACUACGGUAAUUCGCAAGGAUUUCGCGAAGUCACUGGGACUGCAAGGACAACGAGAACGAGUUGACAUAGCCGUUGUUGGCGGCAAACGUAUCACCCAGAAUGACAGUAGAAGAGUCAAGUUUUGGAUUUCGCCACUUAGCGGAAGAGAAUCUUACCCUAUUGAAGCCCACGAGUUAGACCAAACCGUCAUCAGUAUCCCUGCGCUCAACCGUAACUGGUUAAAGUCAUUCGAUCACCUUAGCGACAUAGAGUUUCCACAUCGUGCUGGUCGGGUAGACCUCAUCCUCGGGGUGCAGUAUAGCCAUCUCCACGCGGAGAACGAAGUUAGACAAGGUUCUCCUUUCCAGCCUAUCGCCAAACGAACGAGAUUGGGAUGGUAUGUCAUCGGCCCGGACUCCGCCACGCGAAACCCAAGCAUGAGCUACUUGAAUUUUGCUCGGAAGAUUGACCUAGAGAAGUUCUAUCAGUUUGAAACAGUCGGAGUGCGAGCGCCUGAGUGUAGCUGUCCAGAAGAAACCAUGACCAGAGAAGGAAAGAAAGCAGUGGAUUUGUUUGAAUCAUCGUGUAAAAGGCUCGGUGGAAGAUACGUGAUCGGCCUCCCUUGGAAGAGAGAUCCGGCCAACCUUCCAAACAACUACCCACUUGCAAAACGACGCCUCGAAUCCCUUGAAAGAAGCUUAGCAAGAAAUCCCAGUAAAGCCAAGAGUUACGCGAACGCCAUUCUUGAGUAUGAAAAGAAUGGAUGGGCACGGAGAUUGACGGAUCUAGAGAUCAAGAAUACGAAAGGCCCUGUGUAUUACCUGCCUCACCAUGGUGUGUAUCGCCCAGAGAAAAGGAGCACUCCUCUGCGGAUUGUGUUUGAUCCUGCAUCCCCCUACCAAGGAGUUUCACUGAACUCUUUGCUGUACAAAGGUCCAUGUCUAAUCGGGAAUUUGCUUGGUGUUCUACUCCGCUUCAGAGAAGAAGCAGUCGCGUUUGCUGGGGACAUUUCGAAGAUGUUCCUACAAGUCUUAUUACCGGAAAGUGAUUGUCAGGUCCACAGAUUCCUUUGGAGAGACAUGGAAACGUCUCGAGAACCGUCAACCUAUGUUCUCCUUCGAGUUACCUUUGGCGAUAAACCAUCGCCAGAUAUGGCGAGCUUUGUUAUGUUAAAGAUAGCUGAGGAACAUCGAGAGACUACUCCAGAAGCAUCAAAAAUCAUCGAGCGUGACAGAUACGUCGACGACCUGCUUCACUCGUGCCCGUCAAACACAGACGCUAUCCAGAGAAUCUCUGAUAUCGAGAAGAUUUUGAAUACUGGCAGUUUCCCAAUCAAAGAGUGGCAUUGUUCUUCGAAGGAAGUGCGAGAUCGUGUGUCUAAAGUUACCAAAGUGACGUCCCAGUUAAAUCCUGUUUCCCUUCCAACCACCGAAACUUCCAACCCUAAAGAAAGCGUCAAGGAAAAUAACCAAUUCAAUUUAGAUGGAGAGCAAGGAGUCAAAGCGCUAGGAGUUUCUUGGAAUCCAGUGACGGAUACCAUACAUUUCGAAGUGAAGGUGACACAAGCAGAGCCAUACACCAAGCGAGUGAUCCUGUCCAACAUCUCAAGAUUGUUCGACCCUUUAGGUCUUGCGUCGGUUGUGACUAUUAAAGCGAGAAUUGGUCUUCAAGAGAUUUGGAAGAUGAAAAAAUUCGAUUGGGACGAUCCACUGCCAAAGGAAAUGCAAUUGACCUGGAGAAAGUUGUUUGCGGAGAUCGAAGAAUUAAAGACCAUACAGUUUCCUCGAUGCCUACAACCACCAUCACCCAUUGGUUCACCAGAGUUGCAUGUAUUCGCUGACGCCAGCGUCCUCGCAUAUGGAGCAGCAGCGUAUCUAGUUUGGUCCUCGUCAUCUGGAAGGACAGAAGUACGCCUCAUCUCCGCCAAGGCCAGAGUUGCCCCAUUACGCCAAACGACUAUUCCACGACUGGAAUUGAUGGCGGCCUUGUUAGCGACAAGAUUAGCAAAAACCAUCUACGAUGAGUUCAAAAUCAAACCUAUAAGAGUGACGUUAUGGUCAGACUCCAUGAUAGUACUUGCAUGGCUACGUUCGGAAUCCACUUUACUCAAAUCGUUUGUUGGCGUACGUGUCGCAGAAAUCCAAAGCACCUGGGAGCCCGACGUUUGGCGGUAUGUUCCAACAGACCUUAAUCCAGCUGACGACCUUAGUCGUGGCAUUGCGGUCCAUGAGAUGAACGAGCGUUGGAUGAAUGGCCCGUUGUUCCUAAGAGAGUGUCCAGAACAUUGGCCAACCGAAGUCAAGGAAACAUUUCCAGAGUACCCGAAACGAAGGUCAACAAACCGUUAUUUACGUUGCAACCUGUGA